AUGAACCAUCCAGUGAAACAACCCGUAAUCGUCUAUUCUGUCUUCAACGUCACCAACAUAGUACCUGGCUUCAGCCAUACACAAUUGUGUGACUUGCCAGAAGCCCAAGCAACAUUCGGGAGAGCCCUAGACAGUGCUCCGACUUACGAAUGGGGUCUAUCACUUCUUCCUGAUAGCUCAGUACCGUUCUACGUCAACGAGCCAGGACAGUUUAAUCUUUCAGGGCACUUCUUGCCCCUCGGUGAUUAUCCUCAGCCAAUCUUGUAUUAUGAUUCGCACUCUUCUGGCCGAUUGGACGGUUCUUUCAUUGGUGAAGACCGGAAGCCUAGGCGAGUUUGCACGUCCAGCAGUGGCGUUGUUGUUCGUAUUGAGGAUGUGAUUGCAAAUAACCUCAGUCAGACCAGAGUCGUGAUCCGUCAUACUGAUUAUAGCUAUCUCGACCGUGAUUUCCGUACGUUUAACGUUGAGUACUUGUGCAACUGGCACAAAGUCAGAUCAGGUUUUCGAGAUGAACUGGUUGUCGGCCGAGUAGUCGAAAUAUCUGGUACAUUAUGUGGAUUCAAUCACCAAACUCAUUUGUGGAGAAUCUUAGCCACCUACAAGACGGUGGCAAUGAGUGAGGCACAGGAACAUCGAAGUAAUUGGCUAAACCAAACCCGAGAAAUGUCAUUGAUUGUUUGA